AAACCAUGUCGAAUAUAAUAUAGUUUUUAUGCUGAGAUUGAAGGUUGUGGAAAGUGAGGAAGAUAAUAGGUUUAGGGAACAGUAGAGUAGUGCAGUAAAGGGUUUGAAGAUAAUAUUACUAUUAUGUUUGAUAUUUCAAUAAUCCCAAUUGAAUUAUGUUCCCAAGUUGAUUCAACAAUGGUGGAUCCAAAGGAACCUUUGGUAUUUCCUCCAAUCAACCACGAAAAUCUCCAAAUUCUCUCAUUAGAUUCAGACCAACACGUUCCUCACUCACCUCCUUCACCCCAACCCGUCAAUUCUCACCUUAGGGGCUGGAUUGGUAUGGGUUUCCACAUUUUGCGUUCCAAAAUCUCUUCUUUGAGGAAGAGAGGGGCAAUUUGGUCAAUUGGGGUGUCCGCUGCGGCGCUGCUAAUGUCGUGCUGGAUCAUCGGCACCAUCAGGAAGAAGAGGACCCUCACACCCAAUGAAGCUCGUCUCAUCAACAUCAUCAAGGACAAAGAUGGGAAAAUUGCCCAACUCUUGCACCAGAUUGCAGAAAUGAAUAAGAUACUUAUAGAUCGUCACAAAGCAUUGGCUGCAAAAGUGGGGGAUUGAUUCCCUAAAGGUUGUGACUGUGAGCAUUGAUCAAGAGCUUCACCCUAGGCUGAUUAUCACUGAUGCUGCUAUUUUCUUCUUUUUUUAUGUUGAAAUAUCACUGUUUGCAUGUGCAUUUUGCAAUUUGCUUGUAUUCUGCAUGUGAGAGUUAGGUUGUAAAUUGACAGAAGAGCUAAUUGUCAUUCUUCGCACAUGUUCCUGCUGCAGCCGAGUGAUUGAACAGUCCUCACAACUGGCUUCUCAAACCUAAUCAAAGGAAAUUGGCUGAUGAAUGAAGUGCCAACUUUUGGGUUAUAUCAUUAAUCUGCAACAACUUGACGAAUGAAGUCUAAUGAUUCAUGAAUACUAGUUCAGAAGGUAGCCACAGAAUUUACGCAGGGAAGCUGGCAGAACACUCUAACUUUACUAAUUGUUAGUUCACUAGGUUUUUUGUCCUCAGGUGGAUUGCUCAUGUUGCAUCUAUUUAGGCCCUUCAUGUUAACUUAAGGACUCGCACCAUAUUUGGUUAGCUUUUGGAAAAUCCCAUUCUUUUAUUUACUCUAUCUGAGAUGCAUGUCGUAGAUCAACCAAAAAUGUAUAUUCUUAUUAUUAUUAAAAGAAACUGUUUGAUGUUUUCGAAGGAUUA